AAAGAAGGUUGCAGAGUGUAGUCCAGGCAAAAAUGAGUAUGGAAAACCUCCCACUGCUGUCCAAAUUAGAUUCUGUCUCAAAGGAUCGGUGAAGGUCCUGAUUAGACAAACACUCAUGAAUGAUGAUGACCUGGCAGAGAGGAAGGCCAAACAAUUUCUGGAACUUUUGGACAAAAACUGGAAGAACCAUGUUUCUGUCAGUGCUCAUCAAACAAUACAAGAAAAGAGAUGGUACAAGCAAGAUGACAUCCCCCUGACAAAAAAUGUGACGACUCUGAGGGAUCAUCUGAGGAUGGUGGAAGAUAAAGCAAAGGAGGAACUGACAAAGGAGCUCAGUUUAACCGCCUACAAGAUGUUGAAUGAGACGGUUCUGGCACAGGUCAUUAUCUUCAACAAGCUGCGUGAAGGGGAAUCAUCACACUUGACUCUUGACACCUACGAAACAGCAAGCACAAAUCCCAUAAACAAGGACAUAUAUGAAACCUUGUCUCCUCUAGAGAAAGAGCUCAGCAAGCUUCUAACUCACUUAGAAGUCCAAGGAAAAAGAGGCAGGAAGGUACCUGUUUUCUUGACACAGAGAAUGAAGGAGUCAAUUGACUUGUUGAUUAACAGAAGAGAUGAAGCUGGCAUACCUGCUGAAAACCCUUAUCUCUUUGCAAGACCUGGUACAAUGACAAACAUACGUGGCUGUGACUGUCUGCAAAAAUAUGCAGAGGAAAGCAAAGCAGAAAACCCUGAGCUCCUGAGAUCAGCUAAAUUAAGAAAACAGGUGGCCACCCUAUGCCAACUCCUGGAUCUGAAUGAAAAGGAGCUGGAACAAGUUGCAAGGCUUAUGGGGCAUGACAUCAGAGUUCAUCGCGACUUUUACCUACAGACGGACAAAGCAUUUCAAAUUGCUAAAAUAAGCAAACUUCUGUUUGCAAUGGAGCAAGGCACUGAGAGCUUAAACGGGAAGAACCUCAACACCACCAACCCUUCUGUUAAUGUUGAAAAUCCCAUGUCACCUUCUGAGACUGUCCCACAAGAAGGAAAAAAAAGAGCCAGAGAGGUGGAUGAUGAUGGAUGUCUUGACCUGUUCUCCCCCAGAAAGAAAUUAGACCCCUGCAAUGAGGAUGAUCAGAGCCCAGGAAUAAGCCUUAGUCAGAGGCUUCCACCGAGGAUGAGAAGAAGAAAACGGAAAAAGGCAGAUAAACAAAUAGAUGAAGGUUCUGACCUCUUCUGCCCUGAAAAGACAGUUCACCAGAGUAGUGAAGAUGGGAGUUCAGAUAGAGAUGAUCAGAGGUCAGGAAAAAACCUGGUUACACAGAAGAAAAAUAAAAAGAAAAGAGAAAAACAGAUGGUGAAAGGAAAAGAGCCACUCCAAGCUACAGUGAGGAGACCAUGGAGUGAAGCAGAAAGGAUGGCAGUGGAAAAGCACCUGGGAAACUUUUUGGCAGAGCGAAGAGUUCCUUGGAAGAGGGACUGUCUGCGGGCUAUACAAGCUGACAAGGCCCUGAGUGAAAGGUCAUGGAAAAGUGUCAAAAACUAUGUGUGCAACAAAAUUGUAACUUUAACUCUGAAAAAGCUGAAGUAUGAAGGACUGGGGAUGCACCAUUUCGAUCCAUAGAGUUGAUCUAUAGAGAUGCACCGACUAACCAGCCAGUGACCUGAUUCUAACAGUUUUAAGCAUUACCUGGAAUGACCGCAAAGGUGCUGGGCAGUGUAUCAUUUUUUCAAUUAAAGUUGACAAAGUUGACGACAUGUUACACCGUGACCUGUUGCACCAGGUUUCAUUAAGGAAAGCAAUAUUGUAGGCGAGAGCUGUGAAUUCUCUCACGGAGGUUCUGUCAUUGAACUGGAAAUGUCAACUUCUUUACUGUGGAUCUGACACUCAGUUUUGUUUUUGCCUUUCACAAUAAGAGACUCAAUGCUUAUUAAGCCGGAACAAAAAUUCACUUUAAACAUUUCGUGAAUGAGACAAGUUACUAAAACGUAUUUUCAAAUGGAAGGUAUUUGUACAAAAAAGGGCUCUGGCCAGUACCUGAGUACUUUAUUAUAAAACUUGAGAGAAGGUCCUGUACAUUGAUGCAUUAUGGGAAAAAUAGGCUAUUGUAAUAGUCAAUUUGUUAUCAUGAGUGUGAGAAUUUGUUUAAAAAUGAAGAAUUAAAGAUUACAAAUGCUGCCCAUUAGAGUUUUUAGAAAGAAAAUCAAUGUGGGCUCAAAAUUGGAACUGGCAGGUCAGACUUGUGAAAAAAAUCAGCCCUAAAAAUCGGUGCAAUCGGUCCAUCUCUCAUGAUCUGUUCACCUUGGUUUUGUGUAUUCUCUCGGUAUCUGAUGGUUCACAGUUUCAGCAACUUUAUUUUAUAUAGGUCCAUCUCUGCUGAUCUGUUCACUUCAGUUUCAUGUUAUGUGUGGAGCUUCAGUAUUCUUGACCCUCAGUGUCAGCAGUUUUGUUUCAUAUUGCAUUUGCACAUAAUGUUCACAGAGAAGUUUGAUUCCCCUUUAUGUGGAAUGUUUAAAUAAACAGGUGAAGUUUAGUAUUUGUUGUGUCUCAGUUUUCUCAGUUCUCAAUUCACCUCACCUGAGAACUCUCAUGACCUCACCUGAGAACUCUGACCUCACCUGAGGACUCUUAUGACGUCACCUGACCGCCUGCAGCAGGUCUGACCUCUGAACUCUCCUGUCUUUAUACAGUGAUAAUGUCAUCACUGAAUGUUUCUUAAAUUAUUAAAAUACUCUAAGAGAAAAUGUGUUGUUGUGAUGUUAAGUCACUAGGAGGCACUGAGUUCAGCUGUAUUAUUAUUUAUUAUUACAGUAUUUGUCAACAGUAAAACACAAAAAGGGAGCAAAGACUUACUACAAACUAUAAACAGAAAUGGUCUGACCAGAAAUGGACCCA